ACAGGUAACUUUUCAAAAGUUUCACGCCUCACUAUGUAGUAGUGUAAUACUGUGCCCGUGUUAGUGUGUGAUGGAUGAAAUGCUUUGACACGCGAGAGUUAUCUCACUCAUCUGUCUUUAAGUGCGGUUCCUUAGACUUCCCUACAUAGGAGCGGGGAUGACUCUACAAAUUACUUCAUUCAGAUCUCGACAGCAUCAUUAUCAAUGCACGCGGCAGUUCAGUUCGCGUGCUGUGGAACGUUAGGACGACGGUGAAGAAGCAGAACGCAGAACUUUAAAAUCGACCAGAAAAUCUGGAGAACUGCGCAAGCGUGGCACAACGAAUACCUGCACUUGUAGACUGACAUGGGAGAGAGACGCGGUCAUCUAUUUUAGUUCGUCUGAAAAGAAACAUCGUGUUCAGUUCCCUACGCCCUUUUACUUCGCCUGAUCUCGAAGCUAGUAGACUUAAAGGGGAGCAUGGCUAAGGAAUGUGAAGUGAGCAGCGCUGCAGACGGUAUGUCUGUCAGGCUGCCGGGCUGAAAUGCACCGUAGCCAUGCUGCAAAAUCCGUAAGCCAUAUCCGUCGCCAGGUGGAACAGGUGAUUCUAUGUUUAGAAAACACUGUAGCUGAACUGAGGUUUCUCUCCCAAGACAUCAAAAUAUUAGGAAAACAAAUCGAUGUGGUUACAGAUCGACUGCUGGAGGACUGCCCGUUGAAUUCGUUAAAUGUAACAACUACUUCAUUUAGAGACGCUACCAUGAUUACACUGCAGGACAGCAAAACACCACACAGACUGCCAACACAACCGCUAGGUCAUCGAAAUAACUCUCGCGUUGUUCUCUCUAAAGAACAAAUGUACCCAAACUCUGCGAACUUUAUGAGAAAAGAAAAUACAUAUGAGGAUACCAGAAGCGUUGGGUCAGAUAAGGAGAACGUAUUCAGUAGUACACCAGUCAAAUCAGUCGCCUCUGCUGAUCUAUCUCUACAAUCCUCAAUAGAAGAUACUUACGCCACGGAAACCUCCGGGAGAACUGUAAUUGCGACUUUGCACCAGAACCCUAAUCAGGUCUCAAUGUCAUCAUUUAUCAGCGAUAACGAAUGUCACUUUUCUAGAGCCUUCUCUUCAGACACAAUCCCUAAUGGUGAGUCGUCGCCAAACAAUAACUCAAACGCUUGGGAGUUUUUACACAACGAAAAACUGAACAAGGAUCAACCAGCAGAAACGAAACCAAGUGUCAUGUAUCCAGUGUCUCCAAAUAAUAAUUCAACCGGAUUUUCAUUUGUCUCGGAGAUUGAUGAAAAGACGGGCUUUUUAGUAGGAAAUGAGAUAUACAAUGAAAAUCUCAAGGCUCACAAUGGCAAGUAUCUUUCAUGCGACACAUGCAUGUUGCAUCACGGGGUGUUACGACAAGAUCGAAUAGAUCUUCUGUUUAAGAAGAUGGAGAUUGAAAAAGCAUUUGAUAAAGUGGGUCUAGAAGAUAAAAAACUACAAGAUUCGGUCAAUUUUAGUGGCGGUUUUCUCAAACAGCUUCAUGAAAAAUGUAACCAAUAUGACCAAAACUGUCUUUCUGGGUCGCCUUCAUUGAAAAAGAAGGCGUUAAUAGGGAAAGACAUUCCAAAUACUAAAUCACAAGAUUCCAAUAAUUCAAGCGCAAAUGUUUUGCUAACGGCUGGCGACGAAAGUGCAUCUGGGCGAGAAUUUAACUUUUGCGUCUUGCCAAAGGAAGUAGAGUAUAGUGGAUUAUAUGAGUACGUGCUCGAUAUGACAUUGGAAACCAUGUCUGAUGACGGUCAUGACAGUAACUUUGACGAAUGGAGCGAGGACGAAGGGUCGAUUUCAUUGGACUUGGAAUAUUCAGCGAGUUACAACCGAGAUAUGAACACAUGGACGUCGUUCGCACUCGUUCAUGUUGACAGCGUCUAUGAGGAUGAUUUUGAAUACGAAAAUCUUGGUGCUUGUUGUGGUGAGACCUCGGGCUUGGACAACAUAUCACCCACUACUUCCCGCAAGACCUACCCUGGUAAUUGGGAAAAUGAUUUGGAAGAGCUGGCUCUGACGUAUUGCUCUCCGCGGAGUAAACGGAAGCAUUACUUAUGAUCAUAUUAAACGCAAGCUGUUUACAGUAAAGAAAUCGUUAAAUAUUGGUAUUUGAAAACAAAAUUUUAUAUGCUGUCCUUUAAGGCAGAACUAGAUAAAUCGUCAGUAAAUUAAAUGUAGAUGCAGUUUAUAUAUAUAUAUAUAUUCCAGCUGUCUCUUUCAUGUAGUUAUGCCGUCAUGCAAUCCCUAUUUCUGGUAAAGACAACAGCCUAAUCAUAAGUCAUCAGGCAACAUAUCACGUUUGAUCAAUUUUACCUUGCUUUGGCUUUUUUUUAAUGUUUCGUCACGGAGUUGGACUCAUUUCACUUACAAAGUUCUCUACUUCUAUGGUCUAUCAAAGGAACAGGCCAAAACAAGUACGAGAAGUCCUGUGCAGCCACGACUGAGUGUUUCUGUGAUUAGACAAACAUUUUCCUACAGCAGACUGUUCCACGUCGCGUGUUGUAAAUAACAAAAAUGUUUUAAAAGCGGUGUCUGUCUCUGUGUCUUAGUCUGUCGCAGUCAUAGCGUAUUCUAUCAUGUGUAUGCUUACAAAGUACAAAUGGCCAUAAAGAUAAAAGCGUUAUUUUAUUUCCCAAGUCGCAUUUCUAAAUCUGUGCAGGGAAUACUAGUUAUAA